AUGGAAGCCGUGGAGCUGCCAUUACCAGCCAAGGUGGAGUUCGGGAAGCCAAGGGAGAACAUAUUGGAUGGUAUUGUGGUGUUUACCCUUCUUUUUGGGAGCGAACUGUUCGAGGACUAUAUUAGCCAUCUUGCAAUGGCAACAAUGGCUUCCUCUAAGUUGACAAGUGAUAAGGACAACCCUAAAAAGCUUCAGGAUAGGCUCAAGCAUCUGGAUUGGAUAUUCUUCGCACCAUUGGAUAUGUCUACCAUGGAGGAUGCUCUGUCGCAGGACCCGCACGUGGUCCGCCUGCUCGACCUCAAGCAGGGCGUCAACAAGGAGGGGCAGACCAUCCUGUACCUCAUCUUCGAGUACAUGGACACCGACCUAAAGAAGUUCAUCCGGGGCUAUCACGCCAGCCACGAGAAGAUCCCCGCACAAACCGUCAAGAUCCUGAUGUACCAGCUGUGCAAGGGCGUGAGUUUUGUUCACGGCCGCGGGGUGCUCCACCGUGAUCUGAAACCGCACAACCUGCUCAUGGACCGCAAGACCAUGGCGCUCAAGAUCGCUGAUCUCGGACUCAGCCGUGCCAUCACCGUCCCUGUAAAGAAGUACACGCACGAGAUUCUGACGCUGUGGUACAGGGCGCCCGAGGUUCUUCUUGGCGCCACACACUACUCCACGCCAGUUGACAUUUGGUCCGUGGGCUGCAUAUUUGCUGAGUUGGUUACUAAUCAGCCACUUUUCCCUGGCGACUCCGAGUUACAGCAGCUCCUCCACAUCUUCAAGUUGCUGGGCACCCCAAAUGAGGAGAUGUGGCCAGGAGUAGGCAAGCUGCCGAACUGGCACGUGUACCCCCAGUGGAAGCCCACUAAGCUGUCCACUCUUGUCCCUGGUCUUGACUCCGAUGGCUAUGGUUUACUUGAGGUCAGUGAAAAGCUAACCAAUAUCUUAUUCUUCAAAUCAGAUGACUUCUGUUUUGACAAGAAGCAAGCUGUCGUGAACUGGAUUGAAGGGCGUCGAAAGUCUUGUUUGUGGGCAGUAACCAGUGAGGAAGCGGUGAAAAAGGUUCCAAAUCUAUAUGAGCAGUCAGUAGCUGAGCUUGCUGGCUUGGCUAUUGUUGGAGUUAUCCGACACAACCGGGGCCUAUUACGACACGGCCCUGUGCAAUUUUGA